AUGUUUCCCCAUGACUUCCCCAAACGCACAAAGACGCCUAUUAUUGAAGUGGCACGAGCGAAUGCUUACGUUCCUCACCACUCGACUACAAGCAGUCUCGACCCCAAAACUCCUCUCACGGCGCUGCCGCCUCCGCCACCUCCUCCGCCCCCUCCGCCUUUAGUCACUGGAGCCCAGGGUGCGCCAAGAGUGGACUAUCUUCUAAAGAAUGGCGGCCUGUCCAACUUCAUCCCACGACGACUCGUCACCACCCACAACUCUGUCACUCCGUACUCCACCUACCAAUCUCCUUCCAUCGGACAGCUGGCUCCCAUCGAGGACUACGCCAAGAUUUUCACGCCUCUGCACAAGCGGCUGGACGACUACUUACAUGUGCUGCGCAACAAUGGGUCAUUGGCCGUGGCUACAGGCUACAAGUCUGUUGCGCGAAGACUGCUGGAUAAACUCUCGCAGCUCGACAUUGAUGUGCCCGAAGAGUACAAAGAGCACUACAUCCGACAGAAUCAAAAGACCAAGAAGGCCGUGCAGAAUUGGCUCGCACUGCAACCCGAGUUCCCAUCCAGUCCGCCCGAGGAAGCCGAUGAGGAUACUCUGAUGUUCGCCAUGAUGACCAAACUAGAUGCACAGCAGCGAAACUACUUCAUCGCGCUCAUGCAUGGCCAGAGCAGCAUUAGUCGAAGUCGCGCUCCGACUCCAGCUGAACGGCCAUCAGCUCCCUCCGAGGCGUUGAGACGGGCAAGCAAUGCACUGCAGCGAUUGUACCGGCUCAUGCGGAGCCCGCGCGACUGCGAGAGUGCCAUGUAUCUUCUCAACAACCCGCACUUACACGGCAUGCUGGCCACGCUGGCAGAAGUCAAUGAGCAGGAAUGGGAAAUUCUCGUGUCCGGCCGCUUUGAUGGCUUCCUGUGGUCAGGAGCAGAGGCGCCCUUCCCGCCUUCGGUCUCGGGCUAUAACUCCCCAAUCUCACGUGGUCCAUCUCGCGGCCCAAGCGCACCCGCCGGCCUCUCACGAAAUCCCACCCCGUUCAGCGGACUGAGUGGCGUACCCCUCUCCCGCACCCAAACACCAUACAGCCCCCUUCGCAACAUCACAUCCCCAGAUCAAACCCCGCCCGCCCCGAUCCAAACCCCAGCACCUCAAAACGGCAACAACACGAUCAACCCCUCCCGCUCCGCUUCCGGCACCUCCACCACAACCGCCACGCCCCCGCCCCCAGUCCAACUAGACGAAGACACGGAACUCGCCGUCCUCGCCGAAGUCGAACGCAACCUCUUCAACGACAUGGAGCGCUUCGAGGACGCCUUUGAAAUUCUGCACUCGCGCGCCGAGCUCGUGCGCCAGCUUCUGCGCCAACGCUCCGCCGCCCUCGCCAUGCAAGCUUCCGUCCGGCGCGGCGCCGGCGCGGCGGAUAGUGUAGCUGCCAUAAGGCUUGACACGCCUGCUUCAGCCGCGAACACGGAUAUCGAGAACGAGGCUGCGUUUGGGGAGGGGGUGGAUGAUGGGUUGGAGGAUUUGGCUUCGCUUGCGCCGGAUGAUAGUGCGAGUCAGAUUAGUGUUGGUCCGAGGAGGGUGGGGCGGCAUCGGAGGCGGUGGACGCCUGGGCCGCAGCAGACUGCAGCUGUUGCUGAGGAGGGGUUUGGUGGUGGUGGCGGUGGGGGCGAUGAGGGGAGUUUGUUUGAGGAGCAGGUGCGGUAUGGGCAUCGGUAUGAGUAUGGGGCGAGACGGUCGAGGUAUUGA